AGGUCAUUGAGGCCUUUUACUGCAAUGGAAGUGCUGAAGAGCAAGCAGAAGCAACUGCCUUUGAUUGGUUGAUGCACUGCUUGGCGCUAACUUGGAAGAUCAUUUUCCUCAUCGUUCCACCGCCAUCUCUUCUUGGAGCAUAUCCAUCAUUCUUUUGCUCGCUGAUAGGGAUCGGCCUCGUCACAGUGGUCAUCAACGAUGCCGCUAGCUUGCUCGGUUGCUCCGUGGGGAUGGCUGAUGAUUUGACGGCCAUCACCCUUGUGGCACUGGGUACUAGUCUACCAGACACCUUGGCUUCAAGAACUGCGGCCAUUUCCGACGAACAUGCGGACAAUUCCAUUGGAAAUAUCACCGGCAGCAAUACGGUGAAUGUUUUGCUUGGCAUGGGCAUUAGCUGGACCAUUGGCUCCAUAUACUGGGCUUUCGCUGGUGUCACAGAUGAGUGGAAGCACCACCAGACGAUUUCUGGAAGCUAUGAGCAGCUUUACCUUGCAAAGAAUCCAGACGGAGGGUUUAUUGUUGCUGCAGGUGCCAUCUCAUUUUCCGUCACAGCCUUUGCUGUCCUGGCGCUGGUUUGUGUGGCUCUGCUCUUUACCCGACGUCGGGUCUACGGCGGAGAGUUGGGCGGUCCCAAAUCAGCCCAGAGGAGAGAUAGUCUCCUAUGCUUUUCGCUGUGGGUGAUGUUCAUAGUGGCCAACAUUGUGUAUGAUCAAGUGAAAUGAAGCGCUGUUCUGCAGCAACUGCAUAGUCCAUGCUCCUGGAAUCCGCUUCUGAGCCGCUCAGUCAAACCAUUUCUACAGAAGCUGAGGAUCGUGGUGGUGGCAUUUCUGCCCGCUGAAAGACUGCAGUGAAUUUGACGUCAUGCCCACCUUUAAGCAGACUGCACAUACCUCCAACGAUGUCAC